AUGGCCGAAUUCCGAUCGACCGAGGAGAACAUGGAGGAUUUGUUGAGUUAUCUUGACGAGGAAGGGUACCUUGAUGUGCGAAACCAGCCCAGUCAUGCUCUUGCCAUACUUCACCUCGCCGAGUCUCUUCAGAUGAAGGAUCUAUACAUCAGUGCAUUCGCGCACUGCGUGGGGAUGAGCGAUCAACUCUUCCUCAGUUCAGAGUAUGAGUAUAUCAGUUCAGAGUCCCGCAAGCUCAUCCGCCGAGCAAAGGUUGAGAUGGACCUGAAGCUCGCACAUGCAGGCUCAAUGCUAAAGAACUUUCUCGACGACGAUCUUUCCGAGUCGAACCUCGGCCUCUCAGGAGGAGCACGGACACAUCUCGAUCGAUUCAGAGCAUACCUCCACGGUUUCUAUACCUCGAAGCUGGGAUACUUCCCGCCACCAUCUAUUGAUCCCCGCUGCACAAUCUUCCAGGGCCACGUGUAUCGCUCGAUGAGAGAGGAUUUUGAGGCCUUGUACGAGUAUCUCGUGGACAAGAGCUUCACAACAGCCCACAACAGCCCCUUCCUGGCGCAAGGAGGGCUCUGCACGAUGCAAAGUGUUCAUGCAUUCGACCUCCGACACAAAUACAAAUCUCUCCCACACCCAUUGCCACUCCUACCAGAACAGAUACCGUCCAAGCAUGCGAGGAGAGUGUCAGUAUCCUGGCUGCAUAAGUCAGACAAGCUUCGUCCAGAUCAGCGACUCUUAGCCCACGCCGCACUGCUAAAAGCGUCGAAUAAGGCCGAUCAAGACCUGCUCCGGAACGACCUGGUCAUAGCGUACCGGCGAUUCGAAGAGGACUCGAUCUUUCAUCCUCUAAAGGCAGACCGCAGUGAGAAGAUCAGCCAAGUUGACGCGAGGAAAGUCCGCUGGAUCUUGAUAUAUGACAUCUAUCAGACCUUGCGGCACUGCACCCAGAUACCAACUGAAGUUCGGGACCAGGACGUACCAUAUAGCCUCUCCAUUUCCACGACCAAUCUCCCACCAUGGAAUGAGGAACAACAGCCGCUGCAUCGUCGCUCAGCGGAUGAGGAGAUGGUGCGUGGACGGCCAGCCAGCCCGGUUCGAGGCUCGGUUGUCUUCACCCAAUCAACGCCAGGCUUCAAUCUCGAGAUCAAGCCAGACAUUGACUACUUCGCCCUAACGCAUCGCCAAUCAAAUUCUUCCACCACCACCAGAGAUAUCACCUCUGGUCCUCCCGUCGUGCCUCCUCGAAGCCGGAGCCUCAGCAGGAGCUUCACAAAGAACAGCAGCUUCCGCCGGUCUCUCAGCCUUCUCCGUGGUGCCCCCGCGCGAGAAUCACUAGUACUGCAGCCCCAGCCCAAGCGAGCUACAUACCACGAGAUUGUCGUCCAUGGCUACGGAAACGGAACAAACGAUGUCAACAUGACUCCAACGAAGAUUGGCUCCGUCCAGGAGGAGCCCGCGUCUCCUAUGAGCAUCGCGACUCGUUCCGCUUCCACGUCGUCCAACGCUAGCAGCGUCUCCAAGUCAGACAGCAGCGAGGCAGACACCUCCAUCUCUUCGAUGGAUGCCGCGACCCCUCACACUGAGUACAGCAGCUCAGGCUGCAGCAGCCGGCGGAGCAGUCUCAACAGCCCUGGCGAGGAGACCGGAAGCACCGAGAAGGAGCAGUCUCAAGACCUGCCAUCACCUGACGAGGCCCCCCAACAAAAGGCCCUUCGAACCAUGUACUCGAAUGACGACAUGCUCAUGGUGACGCCGCCUCUUCCACGGCGGAGCAGCAAGCGUUUCAGUGUGUGCACCACACAGAAUCUGUAUGACGAUCUGGACAUGCAGCCGUCUCCUCUGCGGAUACGCAAGAAGCCUUCGAUCUACAAGCUGGCCGAAGAUCCCAAUGAAUGGGACAAGAUCGCAGAGGACCUGGAGGCGGACUAUAAAGAGCUCGCCAACAGCAUGGACGACAUCAAGCCAGAGUGGGAACAGUUUGCUGAUUUGGGCGGCCUGCAGCCCAUCGAUGCUGCUGUCGCCUCAUAG